UGGGCCUAAGCCCAUAUAAAAUUAAAGCCGCGAGUCCAGAUCCAGACAGAAUAACCUUACUCUAUAUCAUCUCCUCGAAAACCCUAGUACUCACUUGACAAUCCACACCAGUAGCCUCACUCUUGGCGCCUGAUAGCAGCUCCAUCAGAUCGCCGAAAAUGCCGUUCAAGAGGUUCGUAGAGAUCGGAAGAGUUGCCCUCGUCAACUACGGGAAGGAUUACGGGAAGCUUGUUGUUAUCGUCGAUGUCAUUGACCAAAAUAGGGCUCUUGUUGAUUCCCCGGACAUGGUGAGGAGCCAGAUGAACUUUAAGAGACUUUCACUCACAGAUAUCAAAAUUGACAUUAGUAGAAUCCCAAAGAAGAAGACCCUCAUUGCUGCUAUGGAGGCUGCUGACGUGAAAAACAAAUGGGAGAGCAGUUCCUGGGGAAGGAAGUUGAUAGUUCAGAAGAGGAGGGCCUCACUUAAUGAUUUUGACAGGUUCAAGCUUAUGCUGGCAAAGAUAAAGAGGGCUGGAGUCGUGAGACAGGAGCUUGCUAAGCUCAAGAAGGAAGUUGCUUGAAAACUUUUUGAUUAGUCAAAUUUGAAUAUUAGAUUUUCAAAAGGUGUACUUGUUUAGCUUUGAGAUUUUGUUGCAUUAAGGAAGAAAAACAUAUUUUUGUUUUUACUUCCAACGUCUUUCUAUAGUUUUUCUGAUCUAUGAUGAUGAAUGAUCUUUUCCAAGAAUUACCUGCUCCAUCAUUUAAUGUAAUGGCUUUUAUCA